UUCGGUGUACGGAAAGGGAGUGAGCCAGAGGGAGGAAGGAAAGUGAAAAGAGAAAGAAUUAGCAAACUGCAAAUUUAGCAAAUUAAAGAGGGUUCGGGUAACUCAGGGUUAAACGGAAUGACUCCCCCUUCCCCCACCUCUGCCGGGGGGGGGUGUUGGGGGAAAGGAACGGCGGGCGGCGGCGGCGCCUGCGCCCGCGCCUGCGCCCGGGCCGGGAGGGAAAGCGCGUGGCGCGGUUAGGGUUGGCGGCUGGCUUCGCGGGCGCACGCCCGGGCGCACCGGGCGGGACGGAUUUGGGCCCCCUGCGAAGGAAGGCCGGCCGGGGACGUGUCUCCCGCCGGGCGGAAGGGGCGGGGGCGAGGCGUGCGCAUUACCGCUUCUGCCCCCCCCCCUUGAUUUUAUUUAUUCAAGAAAUAAGGGAGUAAAGGGAAAUCUGGCAAAAUACCCCGGCCGUUUUCAGAGUUGAAGGCAUCCACCAGGGACACUUCUGUCCCCAGCAUCUACCCGGUCGGCACAAGUGGCACUGGCUGGAGCCCACCUCGACUCCAGGGGAUUAUCCCUCGCGCUGGAUCAACUCCAGCCUCAGGCCUCACCCCCACGUCACAGCUCCGCCCGUCCCCCGGUCAGCAGUUUGGGUCACCGGCCGUGCCCCUUGGCCCGUCUCUGCAGAGGUCACGGAGCGACCGUGGGGCGAGACGGGCGGGCUUAUUUUUCAAGGCGGAAGAAUACUAAGCGGUUUCAAGAUUGCAACUUUUUCAAGAAGGGGAAAGUCCCUUCUACGUUAGCCCGUUAAGUUUUUUCUCCUUUUUCAGUAAAACUUAUGCCAUGGCCAUGCAGAAAAUCUUUGCCCGAGAAAUCCUGGACUCCAGGGGCAACCCCACAGUGGAGGUGGACCUGCACACGGCCAAGGGCCGAUUCCGAGCAGCUGUGCCCAGUGGAGCUUCCACAGGUAUCUAUGAAGCUCUGGAACUAAGAGAUGGAGACAAAUCUCGCUACCUGGGGAAAGGGGUCCUGAAGGCCGUGGAACACAUCAAUAAGACUCUAGGCCCCGCACUGCUGGAAAAGAAACUAAGCGUGGUGGAUCAAGAAAAAGUUGACAAAUUUAUGAUUGAGCUGGAUGGGACAGAGAAUAAGUCCAAGUUUGGGGCCAAUGCCAUCCUGGGUGUGUCCCUGGCCGUGUGCAAGGCCGGAGCAGCUGAGAAGGGGGUCCCACUCUACCGACACAUUGCAGAUCUCGCCGGGAACCCAGACCUGAUCCUCCCGGUCCCUGCCUUCAAUGUGAUCAACGGGGGCUCCCAUGCUGGAAACAAGCUGGCCAUGCAGGAGUUCAUGAUCCUGCCCGUGGGAGCCCGAUCCUUCAGGGAAGCCAUGCGCAUCGGUGCCGAGGUCUACCACCACCUCAAGGGGGUCAUCAAGGCCAAGUAUGGGAAGGACGCCACCAAUGUGGGUGAUGAGGGCGGCUUUGCACCCAACAUCCUGGAGAACAAUGAAGCCCUGGAGCUGCUGAAGACCGCCAUCCAGGCGGCUGGUUACCCCGACAAGGUGGUGAUUGGCAUGGAUGUGGCGGCGUCUGAGUUCUAUCGCCACGGAAAGUAUGAUCUUGACUUCAAGUCACCUGAUGACCCCGCACGGCACAUCACUGGGGAGAAGCUGGGGGAGCUGUAUAAAAGCUUCAUCAAGAACUAUCCUGUGGUCUCCAUCGAGGACCCUUUUGACCAGGAUGACUGGGCUACCUGGACCUCAUUCCUCUCGGGGGUCAACAUCCAGAUCGUGGGGGAUGACCUCACAGUCACCAACCCCAAGAGGAUUAGCCAGGCCAUUGAGAAGAAGGCCUGCAACUGCCUGCUGCUGAAGGUCAACCAGAUCGGCUCAGUGACCGAAUCCAUCCAGGCCUGCAAACUGGCUCAGUCUAACGGCUGGGGGGUGAUGGUGAGCCACCGCUCUGGGGAAACCGAGGACACGUUCAUCGCUGACCUCGUGGUUGGGCUCUGCACGGGACAGAUCAAGACUGGUGCCCCCUGCCGCUCAGAGCGUCUGGCCAAAUACAAUCAGCUCAUGAGGAUUGAGGAGGCUCUCGGGGACAAGGCUGUUUUUGCUGGACACAAGUUCCGUAACCCAAAGGCCAAGUGAGAAGCUGGAGGCCCCAGGGUUCCACGGGACAGAUCUAGGCCUUCAAGCCCUUCCUCCUGAAAUAAACACUGGUGCCAACCAAGGCAGUGGCCUGCU